UUAAAAUAUUUGGUCUUUAGACAUUUUCCCGAAAUAUGAAAGUAGUGAAACUAGCUAAGGCGGAAAUAAGAGUGUGGCUAGGGCAGGACUGAUAGCAAGCACAAACCUGGGAUUUAUUAACCGGAUAAUUUAAUUCCGGGUAAAAGUCAUCCUAGAUCUUGUUUUCAUUUAUGGGUGAGACAUUAAGCAAAGACUCCACAGACCCUGAAUCACCUUAUUAGCCCGGUGAGGCUGGGUUUUAAUGAUCCAUCGGGGAAAUCUGAAUAAAUUUGGCAGUCAGAGUGACCUGGAUUAUCUCUAGACUGUAGGGUAGUGAAGGUGGGGUCAGGUUUACAUCUUUAAAUAUUUAUUUUAUCAUUGAUUUUGAUUCUUUAAAUUAAUCUUCAUUACGGAACUGAAUUGUGUAAACACAACCUGUGACCCAGUGAUUAAAUGGUGAUGGAAAAACACCCAGCAGCGUUGUAUAAAGUAAUAAAAUUAAAUAUAUACAAAUAUAAAAGGAGAUUCAUUAAUCUUAAAGUUUUAUUGAUUGAUUUUAUUUGAUCUCUAAAAUUAAUUAACGUUAAGAUUAGAUGUGUGUCGUCGUCCCCCCAAAUCUUCAAUGUCCCAGUUUGAGGUCCUCUGAUCCCUGUUCUUGGCUGACGGGAUUGGACCUGAUCUUCAGCUCCGACAUGUUAUGAGAUGUUUUUCUGCCCACUGCAGCUGUAAAGACUGAUUCCUGGAUUGAAAAAUUAAAUCGAAUUGGCUGUCUGCACUUCCGUGUUUAGACACAGCCGACGAUGAGAGUUUAAAAGCAAGAUUAAGUAACUGGACUAAAAAAAUAAAUAAAUAAAAGUUAGAGAUAAUAUUGUAUUUUUUGCUGAUAGGCUACGGGGAAAGGUCUGUGCCAUGUCAGUCAAAUUUCUGUUCUUCUUUGCCGUAGAAUCUUAGAGGUCUGACUUGCCACGCUACUUAUCACCAAGCGAGUUCUUUAUCAUAAAGCACCUGUUGUAUGACUGACCUGUCCGUGAUCGCUUCACGGUGUCCAGCGGCCGUUAACACACAAUGAGUUUAACGAAGGAGACAUGACGACAGGAAUAUAGAUGAACAGCACCGGGAAUAAGAGAGCACCAACAACAGCAACACAGCGCCUCAAACAGGAUUACCUCAGAAUAAAGAAAGACCCUGUGCCUUACAUCUGUGCUGAACCACUUCCUUCAAAUAUAUUAGAAUGGCAUUACGUUGUUCGGGGACCAGAGAAAACACCGUAUGAAGGUGGAUACUAUCAUGGAAAAUUGGUAUUCCCACGGGAAUUUCCCUUCAAGCCACCUAGUAUUUAUAUGAUCACGCCGAAUGGGAGAUUCAAGUGCAACACAAGGUUAUGCCUCUCCAUUACCGACUUCCAUCCGGACACGUGGAACCCCGCCUGGUCCGUCUCGACCAUCCUCACGGGGCUGCUAAGUUUCAUGGUGGAGAAAGGCCCAACACUGGGAAGCAUCGAGACGUCCGAUUACACUAAAAGACAGCUGUCUGCACAGAGCUUGGCUUUUAACUUAAAAGACCGAAUCUUUUGUGAACUGUUUCCAGAAGUUGUUGAGGAGAUCAAGCAGAAACAAAAGGCUCAGGAGGAGCUCAAUUCACGGCCGCAGGUUCUGCCGCUUCCAGACGUGGUGCCAGAUGGAGAGCAGGGUCACUUCGGGCUCCCAGAGAUGAAUGGGCACGUCCCUUUGGGAGAAGCAGCAGCUCCUCAGCACCUUCCCCUCCAGCAGGCUAACCGCAAUCAUGGACUCCUUGGCGGAGCACUUGCAAACCUGUUCGUAAUAGUGGGCUUUGCUGCCUUUGCUUAUACGGUAAAAUAUGUACUCCGGAGCAUAACCCAGGAAUGAGAAAGGACCUCACUGUACUGGGCUGAAAACACUUUUUGUGGAUAUCAAGUCACCAAAGCUCCCAUUCCUUUAAAAAAUAAAAAAUAAAAAAAAAAAACACUGAGAUGACAAACCAGAUCAACCCUUGUAAGAAUCUGAGGAACAUCAGGGUGCUUUUGAAAGUAGCGUAAUGCAGCAGAAGACUUGGCUGUAGGUCAGUACGUGGCUUCUGGAUUUCUGCGCAGCCUCAACACGUGACCACUGACCAAUCUGAAACAAAAAAACAAAACAAAAAAAACAACAUUAUUGACGGAAAGUUACUCUCAGCCCAGACACCUGAGGCAAUGCUCAUGUCUCUUCAGUUAUGUUAUUAAAAGAAAAGACUGGUGUUUGGUCACUUUUACUAUAUGGGUGGAAACCACAGACCAAUUUGAUUAAGGAAUUAUUGUGUACACCACACCUACAUUUGUUGUUCAUGGGGUUUCUCAUCUGUCUUAAUUCCACCAAGCUUUUUGUCCCGUUUUGCAUUAAUGAUUUUCAGCAUUGUUCAUUCCGACAUGACAGGUUUUUUUUCUUUUCUGUAGACACCAAAUAUCUACUUUUCUAUGAUCUGAUUGAAGGUAACAUGUUACAACAGUUUACUCCUCCUUGUUGAUCAAUGAUCAUUUAUUAUAUGGGCUAGUUGGAACCUCCCCUAUAUGUAAUGCUAUAGAAAGAUAAAUGUGGGCGGUAGAGAACGCUAUGAAUAAAUGACAUGAAAUCAGAUAUUUACUUAGCCGUGUUUAAACUUUUACUCAUAUUGUCAUGUAAGGCAAGAGUCAGUGGUGGCUAUUAUCCCUUUGCACUUUGUGAAAAUGGUUUAAUAAAGAUUGCUGUCACGAUUAGAUAUGUUAAAAUAUGUUCCUUUAUUUAGCAUUAAAGUAUUUUCAUUGCUGUUUUAAAAAUGUCAAAUUUUGUGAAUAUGGAUGCAACAAUUAGGAGUGAUAUUCCCUUAAUCAGAGCUCCAGAAUCCUUUUUUUCCAGAACUUUUCUGAAAUUAUGUGCUGUAUGUCCUGUUCCAAAAACUGCCUAUCAAGUUCUUCUGUAUUAUAUUAUAUUCUUAUCUUAUAUUAGAUAUAAAGUUGGUAGUCCACUAUUACAUUUCAUCAUUUCUUUUAUAUAUUCAAUUUAAUUUCUUUUAGAAUUAUUUUUAUUCUUCUUUUGGAAUAUUUUGACUAUAUAUUUAAUACAAUUAUGCCUAUUUAGUAUGCACUCCACAUGUAACAUCAUUACUGGUUACCAUCAGAGUAAUGUAGUCAUUUUAUAAAGCCUCUCUGUCAAGGUUAUUUUUAAGGACAAGGAAAUAUUGAAGUAUAAUUAAUUCUGUCUCCAAAGUGCUCUUUAAUACAGAGUGGUUGAGGUCAAGCACCACUGUUUAAUAAACAUUACAGAAGUCUGGGCUCAGUAAUGCCACUGGUUGGAGCUGGACAACGUAUUUGUCUAAUAAGGUUGAGAUACAGUAACAUUCGUGUAAAAAUACGUUAACAGGUGCUUUCUGUAGUUCUCUCACUCUCUGUGUGUUCCAAAGAAUAUAUUAGUGGUAGAUGAGAGGCUAAAAUGUAAUAUGUACCAAUAGCUUGACAAAGAAACUUUGUUUUUUUUUAUAUGUAUUGUAUCACAAGGUCUUAUCAAUAGUAUAUAAGAAUGAUAUGGGGCAAACUAUUACAUACGUACACUUAAUGACAGAUUUGUGAUUUCUAAUGUUUGUGUAAUUUGUACUUUGAUUACACAGUGGUCGGUUGGUUGGUUAUUCAAUCUAAUUUUAGUUUUUUGGCUCCAGAGGCAUUUUGGAGGAAGAGGUAUAGAUAGAAAGAUAGAGUAAAUAAUUCACCUCAUUUGCAGUCGUUCCACCCAGCAGCUGUAUUUCAAAUGCGCCUUCUCAAUCACUGCUGAUGACGUUGUAUGGAUGUGUUGGUGAAGCAGGCUAUUAAAUAUCAGUCCAAGUGGAGAUAAAAUCUAGGGGGUGUUUCCCUCUGUUUGAUCACCUGACAUGAUUGUCACUGAUAGCCUACAUGUCUCUUUAAACGAUAUUUAAGUUUCCAGAAAUUAAUAUUUAAUGACUUUUAGAAGCUUUGGAUUGGCCAAUUGUCAUAAUUAGGAGUUAAUUGGGAGUGCACCUGUGUACAUCUACCAUUAAGAGGGCCAAUGUCUACAUUGUUAUCACCUGACUGGCAUUAAAAAAAAACAGCCAGAUUGAAGCUCGCAGGUGAACAACAGGACCAGCACAAAGACCUAGCCUUUUGGAGGAAGGAGUACUCUCUGGUCAGCUGAAACAAAAAAAGAACUGUUUGCCCAUAAUGAUCAGCGCUACGUAUAUAUGGAGGGAAAUGGUUGAGGCUUUUCUAAAGAACACCAUGCCAGCUGUGAAGCAUGGUUGUGGUAGCAUCACGUUAUGGGGGUGUUUUUCUGGAAAAGGGACUGAUUCACUUCAGAAAAUCGAUUACUCAUGAGGAAGGAUCAUCUCGAAAGACUGAAGCAGAACUUUGGAGACAUCAGACAGAAAGUUUAACCUUGGUUGCAACUUGGUCUUUUAGCAGGACAAUGAUCCUAAGCAUACCUCCAAAUCAACAGAAUCUCAGAGAAAAUGUGUGGACUGAACUUAAGGAGCAUGUCUGAGCAAGGAAGCCCACAAACCUGACCGAUUUUCCCCAGUUCUGUCAGUAGGAAUGGAUAAAAAAAAUUCCAGCACAAGUGUUGUGAGAAGCUUGUGAAAGAGUCGGUUCAACUUAAAGCAAUUAAAAGGCACUGCCACCAAAUACUAACGGUGUGUAUGUACACUUUUGACCCACUAAAAUC